GAAAAAGAUAUCGAUUCCCACGAACCGACGCGUCAUUCCAUUUUUACCACACCAACCCAUCAGUGUUUCUGCUACUCUCUCGGCAUGGGAACAAGUCGGCGUUUGAUGUGGCUGAUGGCAGCAUUGUGCUUAACCUUGUGCGCAUUCUCGGCAAGUGCCCAACAGGCUCUGUUUCCUGGCACGACGGCGUGCCAGCGCUGUGCUAACGAUUCGACCCAAUGCGGCGACGCGUACAAGGGCAUUCCUGGCAAGUACUGCGGUCCAUGGCUCAGCAGCGGCGUCAAGCAAGCGUGCUGCUGUCCUCCUACCGCGCGGUGUGUGAUUCCCAUCAACGCGGCGUCGUGCGGGUGUGAUUCCGACCCGACCCCCAUCAACAAACCCACAACAUCGUCGUCGAAAACUCCGUUUUGGGUGUGGAUUCUGGUUGGCGUGGGGGUGCUGGCCUUGGCCGUGGUCAUCUGGCGGUGCUGCUGCGUCACGGUAUACGAGCCCGAGCCCGUGUACGUCCCGGCGGGUGGAGUCACGUAUGUCGGGCAGCAGCCCGUGGUGGUGCAGCAGCCCUACGGCGGCUACGGCUACGGAAAUGGCUACGGUAACGGUGGGAACAUGGCCGCUGGUGUGGCUAUCGGGGCCACCGCUGGGAUUGUCGGCGGUGUCCUUAUUGGGGAAGCUUUGGCCGACCAUGGCGACCAUGGCAACUACUACGGCGGCGGCGGCGGCGGCGACUAUGGCGGUGGUGGGGGUGGGGGUGGUGGAGCUGACUUUGGCGGAGACUUUUAACGCUUGCAUACUAUAUUCCAUCCCAUGAUGAGAUUCUCG